UUAAAUCUAUUCAGCGAUUCAGGAGGGGCGAAGGCCCCCAGGAACACCCCUGUCCGUGGCUGCGUGGAGUGGGUCGGCACGAACUCAGAAGGGGCGCGUCGCAAACUCAGCGAUAAACAUGCGGCACGUGCUGAUGGAGAUGCUGCUUGGUAGAGCACGGCCUGCGGCCAUGCGCCGUGGUGGCGGCGAUGGUGGCAGCGCCGAUGGUGGUGGCAACGGCGCAUGGCCCGGCGGCUGCAGCGGCGGUGCAGGGCCCGGCGGCGGCGCAGGGCCUGGGCCGAGCAGUGGUGCUUGUGCGUAGCAGAGGGGGCAGGCAAGGCCACAUGGAGGAGGAGAGCGCGGCGCCGCCCGAGAAGUGGUGCCUGCGCGCAGGUUGAGACCUGCCGAUGUCUGGUUUGCAGUCUUUGCUGGUGAGCAUAGCAUGCCACGGUGUGGUUGUCCUGUGCCUGCUGUGCUUGUGCUUGACAGCGGGACGCGGCUGGACCCGCAUGGCGGGUGGUGCCCGCGUACAAAACCGACUCCGGUUAUGUCCGGGAGAUAAGGUAGAUUUAAGACCUUCGGCCUGAGACGUUGCAUCAACGUGGCGUGGCGGCACAGCCCAAGUUUCCCUUGAGAGGGAGAGCCACUUUCUUGUCAACCCAUAAACGACCCGUUUCGGUAUUGUUGGUGGAGGGUCGGUCGUCCCCCGGGGCGUUUCGGGGCGUGGGGUCCGGCACUUUGUUCCCCCCUCCCCCGGGCGUUGCACUGUGGUAGUGGCGAGAUGAGGUGCAAAAUUGCGUCCAAAACGCUAAGCGGCGGGGGGGUGUCGCAUUAUGUUGGCGCGGCGGUACCUCUAUCUGCCAGUUGCGGUUAAACCGUGGGUUUGACUGGAAUGUCCGUCUGCGCAAGCCUUUGUGGCACGACAUGGAGCUUAUGUACGGCGCUCGUCUUGCUGUGACCCCUCUGGCCCAACCGCCCAACUCUAUCCC